AUCUGUGAGUCCAGGCUGAAGCCUAUCUGAGGGACGGCCGAGAGUUUUGUAGCAUGGAGAAAUUGAAAAAUGAUAAAUGAGUGGAAUUUGUUCACUUCCUGUGACAGGCGUGGAGGUCGACCUUAACAGAUAUUACACGUGAUGAAGCGAAGGGAAGGAAGCCGCAGUAGCAUGCAUUUGUACCACCGUUAUUUUCCAUUAAAUAAGUACUUACAGAUAUAUAAAAACCAUGUGUUGGAACGUUUCUGUGGCAGGUUUAUAGUUGCAGUAAACACGUUGAAAGGGGGGUCGUAGCUCGGGGCCCUGUCCUAGCUCUUGAAUGUUUUUUGGGUGUUGUGUUAAAAUACUGUACCUUCUUCUCCAGAGAGUAACCCCUAAGGGAGAAGCAGCAGCCAUGAACACUCAACAGAUGGAGCAGAUGGGCCAGUUCAAGAUCACAGUCUGGGAGGAGGAGAACUUCCAGGGAAAGCGCUGUGAGUUCAUGCUGGAGUGCCAGAACAUCAUGGAGAGGGGCUUCAACAAGAUCCGCUCCUUCAAGGUUGAGAAUGGACCUUGGGUGGGUUAUGAGUACCCAGAGUUCCAGGGACAGCAGUUUAUCCUGGAGAAGGGAGACUACCCUCGCUAUGAGGCCUGGAGUGGAAACAGCAGCUACAGAACCGAGCACAUGCUGUCCUUCAGACCCAUCAAGUGCGCUAACCACAGUGACAGCAAGGUGACCAUGUACGAGUGCGAGGACUUCCAGGGCCGUAAGUUUGAGAUGUGCGACGACUACCCCUCCCUACAGGCCAUGGGCUGGUGCAGCAAGGAGGUGCCUUCCAUCAAAGUUAACUCCGGAGCCUGGGUGGCCUACCAGUUCCCUGGUUACCGUGGUUACCAGUACAUCCUGGAGAGGGACAGACACCAAGGCGAGUACAGAAACUACAAUGAGUACAGCACCCAGGCCCACACCAACCAGGUGCAGUCCAUUCGUAGGAUCCAGCACUAAGUCUUCACUUUACCUGCCUGACCCAAACUGAAAAAAAGAAAAAGAAAAAAGAAAAAAAAAAAAAAAGAAACUCUCCUGAACCUCUUUCUCAACUUGAACCUGGACAGACCAUCGUCACAGACCCGUAGAUGGACAAACUCUUUCUAUCACUCUGUGGCUCUGCAUGUAUGGAUAUAUUCUAAGUACCUACUUCUACUACCAUGCCAAAGCAUGUUCUUGAAAUAGGAAAUAAAGGCUUUUCUUCAAAACUAUA